CUGGGCUGAGGGCGGCAAGGUGCUGUUGGCUUCUACUGAGAUGGUGCUGGGACUGUGGAUUCCCCUGCCACGACUGGCAGGGCUGCUGCUCUUGCUGUGUGUGCUGCCCUGGGCUGAGGGCGGCAAGUUGCUGGUGGUGCCCAUGGAUGGAAGCCACUGGCUCAGCAUGCAGAAGGUUGUGCGGGAGCUCCAUGCCCGAGGCCACCAAGCCCUGGUCCUAGGUCCCGAGGUGACCAUGCACAUCAAAACAGAGGACUUUUUCACCCUGCAAACCUAUGCCACCCCUUACAGCAAGGAUGAAUUUGACCACCUGAUGCAGAGCUACAAUCAAAUGAUCUUUAAGCCACAACAUUCUCUGCAGAUAUUUUUGGAAACUUUGGAAAAUGUCAAAACAUUCUCUAUGAUGUAUUUCAGGACUUGCUGGGAGCUACUGCACAGCAAACCCUUGAUCAGGCCCUUGAAUGAGAGUUCCUUCGAUGCAGUCUUAACUGACCCGGUUUACCCCUGUGGGGCACUGCUGGCUAAGUACCUGUCAGUUCCUGCUGUGUUUUUUCUGCAUUUUGUCCCAUGUGACCUCGACUUUGAGGGUGCACAGUGCCCAAACCCUUCCUCAUAUAUUCCUAGGAUGCUAACAAUGAAUUCAGACCACAUGAGCUUCCUGCAAAGGGUCAAAAACAUGCUCUACCCUCUGAUAAUGAAGUACAUUUGCCACAUUUCUUAUGAUCCAUAUGCGAGCCUCACAUCUGAGCCUUUUCAGAGAGAGGUGUCGUUGGUGGAUAUUGUCAGCCAUGCGUCCGUGUGGCUGUUCCGAGGAGACUUUGUGCUGGACUACCCCAGGCCCAUCAUGCCCAACAUGGUGUUCACUGGGGGUAUCAACUGUGCUAAUAGGAAACCACUCUCUCUGAUCUGUACUGCUGCCUCCAUCCAAUCAAGUGGCAAGGUACUGGUCCUGUUCAUGGAGGGCAGCUACUGGCUCAGCGUGCAGAAGGCCAUGCAGGAGCUCCAUGCCCGAGGCCACCAAGCUGUGGUCAUCACUCCAGAGGUGAAUAUGCACGUCAAAGGAGAGGGCUUUUUCACCCUGCAAACCUACACCACUUCUUAUACCCAGGAUUAA